CGUUCAUAUAAUUUAAUGUUACAAAAUAAAAAAACAGCACACCUACCCUAAGAUGUGCACGAAAACACAAGGGGACAUUAGAACCAGUUCAUCUUAGUGAAAUCUUCUUAGUGAAAUCAUCUUAGUGUCUACCUUUUCUGUAAGACGCUAUGUAAAUCAGUUGUCUGAAUUUUCAUAUUUUUUAAUUUGUUUUCAUUAUACAUUACUGAACGUUGUGAUCAAACUUUCACUUUUUUUAAUCUGAAAAUAACCUGAAAGUAACUAUAAUAUUAUAACACUUAUCUUUAAACAUUCCUUAGAUUGGAUUAAAAACCUGAACAUUUUGCUGGUAGUCUAAAAGUGUUGUAUUAUGUUGUUUCCAAGCCUUCAGUAUAUAUACAUACGUUAUAUAAUUCCUAAAAGUUUCGGCACAACAAACUUUCUGUCAAGAAGUUGUCUAGAAAUAAAUUCUAAGAUUAAAUCAAGAUUGAAAGUUAUGUCACACCAAAAUUUUUGGAGUAAUAGUUUUUUCCAUUUUGUUUUAUUUCAUGUUGAUUUAUUUACGGAAAUGAAGAAAUCAAAAAAGUGAACAUUAUUCAAGAGAAGUACACUGGAAACCUAUGUAUAAAAUAUGAUGACAAAAAAAUAGUCACAGCAGAAAUUCACCAGGAUUUAAAGUCUAUAUUAUAAGCUUAGUCCUUACCAGACAGAUUUUAACUGGUAAAUGAUAUUUGAUGCUUUCAAAUGAACAGAACUAUGGUCGAACAAGCGAUGAGCAGUGAAAUGGAUGGUUUUAAAGUUUUUGCAAAAGAAAUAGUCAACAAAAGAAUAAUAAAUGGUGGUUUAUAUUUUGAAGUCAAAUGGCAGAAUACCUGGUUGACAUCGGCGCUAGCACUUAAGAUAUGCGGCCCGGAUAUUGUCUGCUCAUUUCUGGAACGUGCUGCUGGUCAAGACAUAGGAAAUAUCAAAUCAAAUAAAACCCAAGGACAAUCACAUACGAAUGUUAUUGGUCUUUCAAAUGUGGGGACAAUACCUACCAAAGGGAAUGUUCAGAAUGACACAAGUAUAUCAACAUUAAAAGUCAAUACGACACCAAAAAGCAGAAAUAUACCACUGUCCAAAGCCAAUCUGACACCAAAGAAUAAAAAUAUGGAAUAUAACACGCAUAUUCUACCUAGUAAAAACAAGAUUCGAAACAGCACCAAUGAACUAAAAUUAAAUACUGGUGCUACAACAAAUGGUAGCAUGCAGAACGACACCAAUAUACAUACAUUAAUGUCAAAUGCAACGCUAACCAUAAGAAAUAUUGCCAAUGACACAAAUAAACCUGCAGUGACAACAACCGAUGCAAAUGUAAACAACACGCAUAGUUCACCAUGGUUAGUUUGUAUGAAGCUAGUUGAACUAAAUAAAACAAAUAUAAUACCAUCAAAAGCAACAUCGAUGAAUAGGGAUAUGCAGAACACCACAAAUAUUCCUAAAGCCUUCGCUACUCUAAUUAACGGAAAUAUACCAAACUGCACAAGUAUUUUUCCAUUAAAAGCAAGUGUAACAACGAACAAAGGGCAUAACACAAAUUUUUCACCACUAAAACUCAUUGCGACAAAAGCCAAGGGGAAUGUUCUACCUACCAUGAUCACAUCGCCUGUGAAAGGCAAUACUACACCGACCAAAAUAAUUCAACUUAAUACAAAUACACCGUCGGUAAAAGACAACGUUACACCAACUAAAGGAUUACAACACAACACAAAUGCACCGCUGGUUAAAGACAAUACUACACCAACCAAAAAAUUACAACUCCACACAAAUGCACCACUGGUUAAAGACAAUGCUACACCAACUAAAGGAUUACAACACAACACAAAUGCACCACUGGUUAAAGACAAUGCUACACCAACUAAAGGAUUACAACACAACACAAAUGCACCGCUGGUUAAAGACAACGUUACACCAACUAAAGGAUUACAACACAACACAAAUGCACCGCUGGUUAAAGACAAUACUACACCAACCAAAAGAUUACAACUCCACACAAAUGCACCACUGGUUAAAGACAAUGCUACACCAACUAAAGGAUUACAACACAACACAAAUACACCCCCGGUUAAAAAGAACGUUACACCUACCAAAAGAUUGCAACACAACAAGAAUGUAGAGCCAGUAAAAGACAAUACUAUACCGAUCAAAAUAAGUACACAAAAUUCUCAAACUCAAAAAACUGAACAUGGUGGAACUAUUGACUUCCAAAUUUCAUCCUUACCACAGAAUUCAUUAAUGCAGUCUACAUUUCCUGCAUCUUCUCUUACAGCGCUGGUAAUACAAAGAAGUAUGGUGUCGUCCAAUCAUUACUCUGAAGCGUUAUAUGUCUCACCAGACCAUGAUUAUGUUUGCACUAAUAUACUGGGAAGCAAUGCAGAAUCAGGUUUCAUUACCACUUGGAGCCAUGGUAAAAUACAAGAGUGUUUAAUGAAAGCAGCUGUUUCUUCAACACUGUCCACGACUUCGCAUGUAAUAAAGGAUUGUGUUUCUAUAUGUGGUGAAAGUUCUCAAUUAAACACGUCUUCAAUGUAUAAAGAAGGACAUGUAAACAUUGGCUUAUCAAAAAAUACGGAGCUAGGUAUGAAACUAUCAAUUUGUACUUCCACGGCUAAAUCUUGCGCACAAUCAAUGCACUUGGGCGUUUUUAAACGGAAAUUACGAUCGACUGCUUCCGUGUCUUCCUCAAUAUCAGCACCCAUCAAAAGAUCUAUAAAUUCGCAAUUCGCAUCACCCAUUUCUCAAAAGAAUGUACCUACUUCACUUAGUCUUGUGGGUAGCAGUAUAAUAUCAAAUCCCAAGUCACGCCCAAUUUUCAUAGUACCAAACUCUGUUUUCGACGGCAGAGCUGUGUUAAAAGAAAAAUCUCCAUCAAAACUGAGUUGGAAAACGCUUUCAAAAGCUACGCAGAAUAUCAUACUGGAUAAGUUGUCUCAGUCUCUUGUUUUGCAGCAAUCGGAAGCAGACACAAUUAGUACGUGCUCACCAAUUAUAACAACAACAACACCGUUAAAAAUAAGCUAUAAUAACGUGACACAUAGUUUGGUAUCGUUGCAUGAAAGUAUCAAAUCGGUAACCAUCUUUAAAAAUCACCAGCUCCUAUCUGAAUUUGAUCCCGUUUAUAAAAGCAGAGCAGAGUUAAGCCCUUUGGAGAAGAUGCAAAUAGCACAUGGAACCUUUCAGACUGAGAGCAUAUCAAAUCAGCGUACGACGACAAGUGCGUUGGAGAGUGCGGUGGAGAGUGCGGUGGAGAGUGCAAGCAACGUUUUGUCUGCGUUGUAUUGUAAAUACUGCGACAAAACCUUUUCUCAUAGAAGACAGUUUCAGUAUCACGAUAAAACGUAUUGUAAACGGAAUAAAGUCGAAGACAGCAAGAAAACCGUUGGUGGUCAUAAAGAACUGACACCUUUUCAGGACGUGAAGUGGUCUCCACUUGAUAAUGAGCCGAUUUUGCCACUAGCAGGUUUUGAACAUUUACUGGCCAACGAGAAAGUGUACGACUCUGAUAAUCAUAUGUCAUACACAGAAACGAACGAACAAGUUUCAAAAUCUUGUUUUACUUUAUCGGCAUAUAGUACAGGCGCAGCUACGCCCGCUGCUGACUGUUGUAAAAUUGCUGAUGUGAUUGAGUCAGGCGAUAGUAGACAAGACCUUGCUAAGGAAGACGUUAAUCCUGUUGCCUCUAUACCAUAUGAUCUUUCAGAAAACACACCUUACGAAUUGAACAAGUGUUAUAUCAACAAUAACAGUACACCAGUUCUACAGAAACCGCGAAGUAAAAGAAAGAAAAGUCCUAUCAUUGAUAAAGCUGUUGAUAUUCAAGCGAUAGUGUACGGUAAACGACGGCGUAAAAAACCGACUACAUUGACGGACUACGAGUUGGCUGAAAAUGUAAAGGGUAGAAAAUUGCUAGAUGAGCCUGCUUUAUCAGGGGAAAGUAAAAACACGAUAAAAAAAGAGAAGAACAGCUCUGUUCCUAUUGUUAAAGAAGUGAAAAAAACUCUAACGAAGAGUCACACGAUGGGUAAAAACCUUAAAACAAGACUUUUGAAAAUUGUGGAGACUGAAAUUGAGACCAGCAUAGCAGAACAAACAUCACGUGACGGCAAUAUGAUUACGUCAGAACAAGAUUUCGCAAAAACAAGAAUUAAAAGAAAUUGUGGUAAAAGUCUAAGAAGUGAAUUGGGCUGUAGCAUUUCUUCUGUGCAUAAACAUGACUGCGUUAGUGGCCAGAAAAAACUAGCUUUAAAAACAUCAAUGAAGGGUCAGAAAAAAUCAGAAGGGAGAAAAAGGAAUUUAAAAGCCGUAGGGAGAGCCAAAAAGGGAUUGAAAUUAAUAAGGAAAACAAAAAAAUGGAAGCAAGAGAGAUCAUCAAAUAAAACCAUAAAUGUUGAUAGGAAAAAUUUACUCUCUUCUUCUGCGGAGCCUAAAAAAAGUAAAAUCUUGACAUAUGACGUCAUACAGAGCUCAACCACAAGGCGAGGUAGGGAAUACAAAAGCUUUGUUAUUGAUAUCUGUAAAAAUUUGGGAGCAAACUCGUCGACCGGUGUAAUUGACAACGUUAAAUGCAACCCGCCUAACAUAGCGAAGAAUGCCCUCGUCACUGAUGUUAAUUCUGUAAACUCUGAUUUGCCAAACUGCAUAGCACUAGAAACAAAAAAAGUUCUGAUUGCUAAUGGAUGUGAAAAUUUUAAAUCAAACUCGUCGACCGGUGUAAUUACCAACGUGGAAUGCAACCCGCUUAACAUAACGAAGGAUGUUCUAGCCACGGAUGUGAAUCCUGUAAACUCUGAUGAAAUUAUAAACCAGGAUAACUUGCAACGCGAUAAUCACUCACGGGAUGAAGUAAUGUUUUGUGAUGAUAACGUCAGUGAUGAUCGAGACAAAACGAGUUUAAAUAAAAGAAGCCAGACUCGAUCCAUCAACAAUAAAAUUGAGUCUUGUACGUCACCGUCAGAGAAAGAAAGUAGAUAUUGCGAUUUGCCUUGGACUCGAUUACUCAAGAAGGAUGCCACAAAUUACUGGCUGAAACAAAGGAACUUGGCUAGCGGUAACAUUCAAGAAUUUUCUAUACCUCUGAAUACACAGUACGAGUUAAGAAGAAAAGCGAAUAAAGAUGGAGUUAAUAUUCUGUGACCGUGUUAUUUCCUAUGAAUUUCGUUUUUAUGAUUUAUUUUUUCUUCAACUGUUAUUAAUCAUUUGUUUUGUUUUGUUCUUUAACCAUAUGUUUUUCUUUUGGAAACAUAAUUCUAAAUGAUGUUUCAGACAUUCGUAAAUUAUAUUUCAAAUGGAAGGCUACCUUUAAUAUAAAUUAGACAUUUCAAGCAUUUAAGUUCGUAAACAUAGAUACGGAUGUAUAUUUAGGAUUUAAGCCAGCCUAUCCACAUAAAAUUUAGGUAAGGAAGUUGGAAUUUGAAUCUUUUGACAAAAACCCUGCAAUUUCGCGCAACUCAAGGACAGAUGAAAUAUUUCUUGCCAUGUUGUUUUUCUUAUUAUCUGUAUAGUUUUUACUUUUUAACUAAUUAGUCCUAUCUUUAUGGGGUUUUGCGGUCAUUUUUAGCUAGUUAUAUUUGCAUAUUUUUAGCUAGUUGUAUUUGCAUAUUUUUUAUAUACUUAUAUUUUUAGCUAGAUAUAUUUGCAUAUUUUUAGCUAGUUUUAUUUGCAUAUUUUUAGCUAGAUAUAUUUGCAUAUUUUUAGCUAGUAUUUGCAUAUUUUUAGCUAGAUUUUCAUUUCACCUAUUUUUUAUGUUUAUAUAUUUACAGGUCAAUUAUUUUAAAUAAAGACCAGAUUACAUAGUUUUUUAAAGAGUUUUGGAAUACCGAAUUUACAAUGUGUUAGUUUAGGUACCGUAUAGAUUCUGAGGAGUAUUGUCGAGUGCCGUAUGUCAGUGCUAUAACCUUUUUGACACUUACUAUGCCGGUUCUAACGUAACACCGGAGCGUUUCACAUCGGAAAAAAGUCAAAACCGGAGCCAAAAUCUUUUUUUUAGUUUAACGUUCGUAUUGGACUUUUUGUCACCAUACGCCAAACACGACUCGGACUUGAAGUUUUUUUGUGCACAGAGAAAGUUUCAUGAAAGUUACUUGCAUGUAGGUAUUUUCUGAUGUAGAUCUGGCCAAGAAUGGUCGAGAGUGGUCAUAAAAAUAAAUGUGUAAUUCUAAAUAGUCAUUCAGGAAUCUUGAAUGAAUAAUUCUGUAUGAACUUUUUCGAAGUUAACAAACGAAAAUAUUUUACACUUGAGUAAAGAUGUUUUAUAAAGUGAUUAUAUUGAGAAAGAUAUUUAUAUAUUUAUAUUACGGAGAAACUUUCAGUAUUUAUUAUAUAUAUUUGAUAAGAUUCUUUUUUUAUUCUUUUGUAAAAAAUGUGCUUAUUUUGGCGCCUUUUUGCAUCGCUUUUAGUAUUGGUCUUCUUUAGGGCUUCUACUUCUUUUACAAUCUAGACUGCUUAUUCGUAGAAAUGAUUGUAGCGUAAAAGUACCGAAAUGAUCUACAGCGAAUCGAAUAAUUUGAAAUGUUCUCGCACACUGUUUAUUUUUGGUUGGUUUUAUUGUUGUUUUGUUAAAAUUCUGUUGAUGUAUAUUUCUGACGACAUGCUUGCUUACAAUACAUUUUCUUACGAUA